UCCAAUCAACGUUUCUCAAGCUAAUUACUCACAGAUGAAGGUGGGGCCGUAGAAGUGGUGCUCCUGCAGUCCUUCUCCAGACUCCGAAUCUCCCUCUCUCUCUGUGAUUCGUCUUCUUCGACCAACUAAACCCUAAUCCUCUGCAACUUCCUGUCUGAACUAGGCAAACUCAAUAUUACGAACUUGAAUUUGAAUUCGUAACUGAAAACUGGCUACGAUGAAUAGAGCCACGAGCAAUGUUCUCCAACGGAGCAAUUCAAGAAGGAAGCGGAAGAUUCAACCAGCUUCACACUUCAAGAAGCUCCGAUCGAAGAUUAAUCGGAGGAAGCGCUCCCAGAUAUCUCCAAUUCUCCGUAGAUCAUCGAAUUCGAUGUUUGUUGGUAAGAAAACAGAGUUCUCUGCUUUUCCGGCAGCUUCGAGCUCUGCUUCAUGUUUCUCCGACGAAAUUUCGUGCAAUUCGAACUGGAUUUCUGAAGCAUCUCAGAAUCUGAAGAAGAAACCAAGAUCGAUCAGGCGGAAGAGAGGAGCUGAGGAGAUCAGAGGUCCUGAAGUUGAAAUUCGAGAAGGUGAGCGAAGUUUCUGUCAACCGAAGAAGACUGAUGGAGAACAAUUUCGUAGGAUAACAAGAUCGUUUUACAGACUGGAAGAAAAUAAAGUGACCAUGGAGAAGAAAGGAAGUCGAGAUCGCGGCAUGGAGUUAUCAGAACUAUCGUGCGUAGAUUCGUUUUCUGGAGCAGAUGUUCUUGAUGACGGUAAAUCACACGAUAAAACACACGAGGUUCGAGAGAGAAAUUUAACGCGGAAAAGGAGAGCUCGUAAAGGUGCCGAAAAGGCAGAUGAGAAUGAAGAAAAUACAGUUUCAGAAGUAAUCGCGCUUUCGGAAGCUUCUUGCGAUAAGCCGCUUCAGCAAGAAAAUGUUCCAAGUCUCUCCAAACCCGGCGAAUUUUCCGGUGAAGUUUGGAAGCUGGGAGCCAAAAUCUACUCUCCUGGAAUUCAUGGCAAUGAAGUUAGUUCAGAUAUUUCUUGUCUUGAAUCAAUUACUGAAGCGAAAAAUCUGAAUCUCUGUCCGUUCGUCGACAGUUUGCCAACGAAAGCAAUGAAAGAUGAGGAAAACAGAGCACAAGUUAUGUAUGUAGAAUCGAAUAUCGCCGUGUCCAAUUCAGAAUCAAACGCAGAGCAUAAAGCGAAGUUCUUAAAUUUCAAUUGUGACCUGACUUGUUCAGAAAAAUUCACGUAUGAAACCGAUUCAAACUACUCAAUUAGCCAGGAUAUGACAAUCUCACAACUCGAAUCAGAGAUCUUCCCAAGAAAUUCAGAUAUAGAUUUCUCAGAUCUCAGUCCUUUGUUUAGUAUCGAAUCUUCAAGCGAUUUUUCAGAACAAUCGAAUGAAAAUUCGCCUCAGUCUGAUUGUUUCUUAUUGCUCCUUCAGUUUACACAGCAAUUCUCAAAGUUAAGCUUCCAUCCGGAUGUAAAUGAACCAUCGCACAUUGAAGACGAGUACUUCGAUGAAUUUACAUUGAUGAGGUUCGAAGACGAAGAGCAAGAAGAAAGUUACAAAAUGUUAAGGAGAAGAGAGAGGAAACAAGUUUUUCUGCACGACUACGCCGAGGAGUAUUGCUCGACGACGGAAUACGGCGAACUCGUCCUCCGGCAACGGUUUCAGAUGGUUAACUGGAUAAUUGAGCAAGCGAAUGCAAAGAAUCUUCAGCCCGAGACAAUGUUUUUAGGGGUCAGCCUCCUGGACAGAUUCCUGAGUCGAGGAUUCUUCAAUAACACAAGGAACCUUCAACUAGUUGGAAUUGCUUGUCUCACGCUGGCCACCAGGAUCGAAGAAAACCAGCCAUUCAACUGUGUGCGGCAAAGGGUAUUCCAUAUAGGGAGCAAUGCUUAUACCAGGUGCGAAGUGGUGGCCAUGGAAUGGCUGGUACAGGAAACCCUCAACUUCCAAUGUUUCUUGCCCACCACAUACAACUUCUUAUGGUUCUACCUUAAGGCAGCAAGUGCUGACGAAGAGGUAGAGAGGAGGGCCAAGUACUUGGCACUGCUCUCGCUGCUGGACCAUGAGCAAUUGUGCUACUGGCCCUCAACCGUCGCGGCUGGGUUGGUCAUUCUCGCAUGCCUUGCAGCCAAUCGAGACUCAUCUUGCCAAUGUGUCAUGGAGACUCAUGUCAGAAGUAAGAACGAUGAUUUACCAGAAUGUAUACAGAGCCUCGAGUGGUUGGUGAAGUACGUUCAUUAGAUGGGACCGACUCUCCAACAUCUAUUUUGUAUUUUUCGUUUACUAGAGGAAUUUCUUCUCGUUCAUUUCAAGGACCUGGGUAAUAAAACAGGUAAAUCAUCUUAGUCUGUAUUAGUAUCCAGGCAAUUUGUACCAUGAUCUUCCCUCUUUUAAAUGUAAUCAUAGAAAUG